AUGGUCCUCCCUGUUGGGCUGUUGUUUGUCUCGGCAGACGACGGCUGGGGAGUGAGGAGGAGGCGACGACUGUACCGUCAACGAGACGCGACUGUACUUAUUAUUGACAGAGAGGGUCGAAGAUCGGGUACAUUGAGCCAUAAUUUGAGUGAAUCUGGUUGUGUUGGUAACACUGAAGUUCACAGUUCACAGCUGAUCAGAUGCGGCCAUGUUGAUCCACUUUCAAAACUUAGGUUAGAAAAUGUUUUCCUCUUGAUAAUUUUUAGUUUCCUCGGCUCGUGCGCUGGCUUCCUACUACAACAUCUUCGAGACAAGGAUGCCGUGAUGGCGACGCUGAGAGAACGGACCUUGUUCCUGGUCUCCUGAUACCUGUUGUCUGUA